AGUGAGUAAUACAUUAUCGUUAACAGUAGUUUGCAAGCCAGUGAAGCAGGACAAAAAACUUUCAUUAGUUCACACAGAGAGUGCUAGAAAAGUGUUUGAAACUGGAAACAGCAGAAAGGAGGAGGGUUGGUGGCAAGAAAUUUGAAGUCAGUGAUUAUGACAGCGAACGCGUUUUCUCUCUGGCCUCGUUGACUUGUCACGUUGAAGUAAAGUGUGAACCUAACCGCUUAAAAGGACUUAACCAUUCCUUAACCUUCUCUUAUUAUUCCUUACACUCUUUCAACGUCAUUUAGUACUCUUUUUUCCUACCUCUUUUAAAUGUUUCAACCUCGUUGGCCCCACUGCAUUUCCCAACUCUUCUGGACUCCUUCUGAUAUUUUUUUAAUCUUCAUUAUGAUGCACACAAGUGUUUUUCAUUCUGCUUUGCGUCUCUUACACGGUUUAGAGCCUCCCGGACCAAGGCAAGUUUCGCUUUUGAAGCAGAGUACGUUAAGAGAUUAUAAGGAAUAAGCAGACAAGUCAAGUCUUUGUGCUUCUGUCGAUAGUCGCAAGAAUUGGUCUCCCUCCCCUAAUGGCUAGAUAUGUAUGUAUGUGUAAAUGUCUUGGUUUCACACUCCCUCUUCCCUGGAAACUUUUUCAAGGAGUAUUCCCUGAAUUCCUAGUCAUUUUCUAAUUUAACUGACGUAUCAGGCGCUUCCAGUGGUGUUAUAUUGGAAAGAGUAUAAAAGCAAGUUAGACAAAUUUCUGCUCAGUUUGGAUAAUCGAAUCGGAGAUGAAUUCUAUGCUAUUUUUCUCACAGACGUAGUGUGCGAUUGAAGAAGCAUGAGUCCGGUUCAUGGAUUCGUAUUACUGCUUUUGUUUUCUAAGUUUAUGCCACUUCUCUUGGCAGCCGGGGACCAUGGAAGGUGUUCAUUUCCUUGUGGAUAUCUUGGCAAUCUCACUUUCCCUUUUACUAUAACUGGACGCCCCGACUGUGGCUUCUUGUCCAUACGAAAUUGUAGUGAUGAUCCACAUACGCCCAAAUAUAUCCAAUUACAACCAAAUGGAGGUUGGGUUCAGGUUGUAACCACAUAUUCGCUUAUUAGUAGCUCUACUAUCCGUUUCGCAACUUUUCAAUUUAGAGACAAAUAUUUUUAUGAUCUUCUGCAGAACCGAAGUUGUGAAGUUUUCACAAACAGUUAUACUCUUCCUCUUAAAUCUCACUUUGCUGCUUUUAGAUUGUUAUACAACACAAGUCUGUUCUUGUGCAACAAGACCCUCAAUGCCACAAAUAAAAAUAUGAGCAAGUAUAAUGCGUGCCUUGGCUACGAUAUCUACUACAACCACUUCAAUAAAACAGACGAGGAUGCGUCUCAGAGUUCUUUGAAAGCGUGUAAAAAGGUCCUGCUUCCAAUUAAAGACGUGCCUGACGCCAAUGACCCAUUUACUUUCGUAACUGGCGAUGUCACUGUUGUAGUAACAUUAACAGAUCAAUGUUCAGAUUGCCACUAUCGCAAAAGAGGGCAGUGUCAACUUGACAGCAGAGAGCAAUUUUGUUGUGCCAAUGCUCCGGAAAAAAGCUCGCGUUGGAAGGUCAAACUGGCUUUAGGUUUAGGCAUUGGAGUCCCAUGCAUGAUGUUAAUUGGGUUGUUGUUUUUCCUUCUACUCCGCAAACGAAAACAUGCUACCUCAGGCGGACAACUAAAGUCAAGAGAUUCUUAUUCAGAUUCCUCCUCCAUUUCUCUUCGAGCAAAUAGUGCCGAAUACUUUGGAGUUCCACUCUUCUCUUACGCGCAGCUUAAAGAAGUGACAAACAAUUUCGACCAUGCUCAGGAACUUGGAGAUGGAGGCUUCGGUACUGUCUACUAUGGGAAACUCCCAGAUGGAAGGGAAGUUGCGGUUAAGCGGUUAUACGAGCACAAUUGGAGGCGAGUAGAACAGUUCAUGAACGAAGUUAAAAUCCUCACACGGUUGCGUCACAAAAAUCUAGUGUCACUCUACGGGUGCACUUCACGGCACAGCCGUGAACUCCUACUUGUGUACGAAUACAUUUCAAACGGCACCGUAGCAUGUCAUCUCCACGGUGGAUUAACCAAGCCUGGCUUUCUACCAUGGCCUACACGUAUGAAAAUUGCCAUAGAAACUGCCAGUGCAUUGGCUUAUCUCCACGCCUCAGACAUCAUCCACCGUGACGUGAAAACAAAUAACAUUCUCCUGGACAACAACUUCUGUGUUAAGGUAGCAGAUUUUGGUCUUUCAAGAGACUUCCCAAACGAUGUAACACAUGUCUCCACAGCUCCCCAAGGAUCCCCGGGUUACCUUGACCCUGAAUAUUAUAGCUGCUACCAGCUGACUAUUAAGAGUGAUGUGUAUAGUUUUGGGGUUGUGCUUAUUGAGCUGCUCUCAUCGAAGCCUGCUGUUGAUAUGAACAGGAGUAGGGAUGAGAUUAACUUGUCAAAUCUAGCAGUUAGGAAGAUUCAAGAAAGUGCAAUUGGUGAGCUUGUAGAUCCUUGCCUUGGUUUUGAUUCGGACAGUAGGGUUAAAGGGAUGAUAGUUUCAGUGGCAGGGUUGGCUUUACAGUGUUUGCAGAGGGAAAAGGAGUUGAGACCUUCGAUGGAUGAGGUGUUGCAUGAACUGCAGAGAAUUGAGAGUGGGAAGGAUGAGAUAGAUGUUGAUAAUGGAGGAGUUGCAGAAAGUCGUGCACAUUCACCACCACCGGCUUCACCAGAGUGGGAUGAAGCUGUACUGUUGAAGAAUACGAAUCCUACUUCCCCUGACACUGUCACUGAUAAAUGGGAAAGUAAAUGUACUACACCUAAUAUAAGUGGCUAAUCACUUGCUCUAUCAUUAUUUCUUGAUAAUCUCAUUUUACCAUACUCAUUAUUAGUUGAG